UCGCGCUCCCUUAGUUCCCAUGUUCCUCGAGUUUUCCCAUGACGGGUGGCUCAAGGGGAAUAGUUAUACCGAAUGACCCUUGGGCCCCUUUCUCGAAUACUGCGGGAAAUGAGGGACCUCCAGGUUAUGACAGGACCCAUUCGACUGGAGCGGGGCACCUCCAUGACAGGAGAGUGAAGGAUAGUGAUCCCCUCCUCUUGUGCGCUCAGUGCUCAUACAUACAGCCUUAGCAUCUCGAGACUUUUAGGGUUUCCAGAGUAAUGUCAGAUGGGGCCCAACAUCCCAAUAUGGUUCACUCGGUACUGACCGAACCUGUGGCGUCCUCUGUGGCAAUCACCAUCCACACACACACACAUAUAUAUGUAUGUAUGUAUAUAAUUACAUGCCAAAAUUAAAAAGAAAUGCACAGGCCCCCAACCAGAGUAGGGAAUACAUAUACACAAAUGAGGGGGACAAAGUGAGUGAAAACCAAACUUCGUGAGGCAGUGACAUAUUGUGGUGAAGGCCAUUUAAUAUCAUCUAAUGUCAAGUCUCUAACUGUUUGUGUAUUUUACAUGUUCUGUUUAUUUUCCUUGUGUUUUCAGUCACUUAAAACCAGGGCUAUAAACACUUGCUUUUUUAGGCUCAGAAAACGAGGAUGACGUAUUUUCCCAUUAAAGACAUCCUUAAAGUUUCUUUCUUCAAAUCCUUUGCAGCACUCAUUUAGCCUUUCCCAAGUUCCUAUCACUCAAACAGAAAUAUUCAGAUUCAUUCAUAUUUCAGAUAUAUAUAUAUAUAUAUAUAGUGAUGAUCUCUUGAGCCUUAUAGACUGAACCCUCUUCCAGCUUGCAGCCUUGCUCACUUUCAAGAUUUUAUUCUCUCUCUCUCACACACACAUACACACAGUGACACACACACACAUUUACUAACUAGCUCCAAGGUCCUCUGUUUCUCUAUCAAAUUUCAAAUGGGCUGUCUUCAUACCUGCAUAUGUUGCCAAAGAAGAAGACAUCUAAUAAUUUCUUUGCUGUUUCUCUUGGUUUCAAGCUUGACCCUUGUCAGAUUCAUGGCCGAAGGUAGAACAAUUUCCAAGCUGGUUGAGUCUCACCAGAUGGGUAGGGAAGAGAGAGUGGUGGUGAUGAGAAGUUUGAUAGGGUCAAGUCCUCCAAGAUGUGAGAGGAAGUGCAGUUCUUGUGGUCACUGUGAGGCAAUUCAAGUCCCUGUUGUUCCCCAAUUCAAUGGCCACAACAUGAUGAUUAUGAGUAAUGGUCUCCAUUUGGUCGCUACAGUCCCAACCAUUGAAUAUGCAAGAGGUGAUUAUAUCUCCAACUACAAGCCCAUGUGUUGGAAGUGUAAAUGUGGAGAACUACUUUUCAAUCCUUAGAUGAUUGAAAUGGACAAAAAGUAGUCCUUUAAUUCCCACAGUAAAUCAGCAUUUUCAACUGUCAAUAUAUCAUAUCAUAUAUAUAUAUGUGUGUGUGUGUGUACAUGUGGCUUCAAUGUAAUUCAGUGAAUAUAUUAUUCUCUGUAUCAUUCACACCCUUCUUCUCUUUUAGUCUAGCUAUCAAAGUAGUUUGUAGCAUAUAUAAUUUUGUUUAUAAACUAAGUUGUUGUUGUAUGAUAAAAUUGAAAAUUUUAUAUUAACGUCUGUUUUUUUUAA